UUUUUUCAUUGGUUUGCCUUCUUGAUUAGGAGACGUCAAAUCUUUAUUUGAUAUUAUGUCGAUAGGCCUGAGUCUGAAUUUAAUAUGCUUCUUGGAAAUGGUGUAUAAGAAAUAUAGCCCAUUUCAGCCAGUACACGCAAGUUAUCCGACGAAAAUCUGGUUCCAGUGCUAAAGAAGCACUGUUUACAAAUUGAUGUGAUACGGUCUAGUAGGAGGGUUUGGGUAUCUCCGUUUCUGCGUUGGGAAGGAGAAUUUCCUUUAGGAUACGAUAUUUACCUAGGUAUUGCCCAGGCCCGAUUCAUGUUGUAAUUCAACUAAUUCGAGUAAUAGGUCUAGGAGAACUAAGCUCGCAGGAAACAGAUGCUGGUCUUCCAAGGAAGGCUGUGACUGUGCUUGUGUGCUUGUGGAGCUUACUGGCAUAAAGCCUAGCUGCCCCAAGCACAGAGGAGAAUGGGAAGUGCCUCAUCAAAGUUCAAGAAAUAUCUGCAACAUGGCGAUGAAUUUGCAGCUAUGCAGGUGUUCCAGAGUUCACCAGAAUUGCGUGCCAACCUUGACCCCAGUGCCAGCUAUGGAGAAAGUCACAGUCACAACACUCCUUUACAUUAUGCUGCCAAACAUGGAAUGAAACAUUUACUUAGGACUUUUCUAUGUGAUCUUGGAGGGAAUCCCAACAAGAAAAAUGCUGAUGAUGAAAGCUCCAUUCACUGUGUAUGUCGGGUUGGCCAAGCCAAAUCUCCAUCAGCUGAAGAAAGAAGAGCUACUUGUAUUGUUAUGAUACUUCAGUGGCGAGGCCCUGUGAUGCAGGAUGGGGAAAAAGAACGAGCACAGUUGAAUGCACAGGACAAAAAAGGAAAUACAGCCCUCCACUAUGCAUCUGCCUCUGGGUUAAGGAAAUGUGUGGAAUUGCUGGUUGCUCAAGGUGCCGGACUUUUUAUAGAGAAUAACGAUCGAAUGACACCAUGUGAUUUAGCAGUUAGAUCAACACAUCAUGAUGUAGCUACAUAUUUGGAGUCCCGUAUGGUUUUUGCUGACAGUAGUGAUGGUGUAAAUGAAGGUGAGUUAGUUGGAACAGAAGUAGAAACUGACUGCGAUAGCGAAGUUUACUCUGGACUUCGUGCUCAAGAUCUUCAAGAAGCUAAAGAUCAGUUAUUAGUUGAAACAGCUGACAUGCUGCACAUUCCUCUUUUCACUGCAGAAGCUUUACUCAGGGAUAACGAAUGGUCCAAAGCACUACUCUUAGAAAAAUGGAUGACAAACGCUGUGCAUUGCUGUGAAGUAGCAGGCAUUGCUCCUCCAGCAUCCGCACUCCAGUUAGUGGCCCCAACACCUCCAAUGGUUACUCCAUCUCCGCCCAGCUCCGUUAUUACUCCUCCCCCUCCUCCACAUAUCCCUGGUGAAAGUAUGGAGCAAGAUGAUGAUUUAUCGGGAGAUAACGAAAAUAUGUGUGAAAUCUGCUAUGGAGAGAUGAGGUCAUGGGAACUAGGUGAACAUUGUGGCACAAGCUGUGAACACCAAUUUUGUGCUACUUGCUGGGAAAGUUAUCUUACUUUGAAAAUUCAAGAAGGGGGUGCUCAUCACAUUCUUUGUCCUGCUGUUGGAUGUAACAUUUUGGUUGAUGUUGAUUUUAUUGAGAAGAUGGUCAGCCCAGAAAUGGCGAGAAAGUACCUACAAUUUGAUAUUCAAGCAUUUGUUGAAAGAAACAAGACAAUCAAGUGGUGCCCCCUUCCUGGAUGUGGUCGAGCUGUUAUGUUCCCUGAGGCUGAAUUGGAAACACAACCAUUUUAUAUUCCAAACACAAAACCACCACCAAAAACUUCUCAUGCUGUAGACUGUGGCAAUGGACAUUUUUUUUGUUGGGAAUGUCUUGGCGAAGCACACUCUCCAUCAGGAUGUGAGCAGUGGGCUGAGUGGCAGGGAAAAGUAGCAGAGGUGAAGCCUGAGGAGUUGAGGAUUAAUUCGGGUGAGACUGAAGACGCAGCUAAUUUUUUAUGGCUCGUCACCAACUCAAAAGCUUGUCCAAAUUGCAAGAGUCCUAUUCAGAAGAAUGAAGGAUGUAAUCACAUGAAAUGUUCAAAGUGCAAAUUUGAUUUUUGUUGGGUGUGUUUAGAGAGUUGGAAAAAACACUCAUCAGCAACUGGUGGAUACUUUCGAUGCAACAGAUUUGAUGCUCAAAGUAAAGCCGAUGAAAAACUUGGUGUACUUAUGUCAGAGGCAACAGUAAGAAACCACCAAAUGCAAGAGUUGAAUCGUUUCAUACACUACUACACACGUUUUAAAAAUCAUCAGAAUUCUUUGCAAAUGGAAGAACCACUGUUGAGAAGUGCUAGAGACAAGAUGGAAGUGCUUGCAACUUCAUUGCCUUCACAAGAGCAACAAGGCCAAGCAUCUGUGGAGAAGGGGGGUAACUCGAUUUGUAGAGGAGGGCGUGAAAGAACUCUUAAAGGCGCGAAGAGUCUUAUGUGGGUCUUAUGUUUAUGGAUAUUACCUAGAAGAUAAUGGCUAUAACAAGACCAUCUUUGAGUACAUGCAGAAUGAAUUAGAGGAAGUGACAGAGAAGCUCUCAGAAAUGGUGGCACGACAGUACCUUGUUACUCCUCGAGGGCAGAUUAUUGCCACAACUUUGUUGACACGCAGAAGAAGACAUAAAUUUGUACGAGCUGUGAGUAG